AUUCCACCAAGCUGGAAGUUGGCUGAGGGAUGCUUUGUGCCGAAAGAGGAGGGGUCAUCCACAAUCUCCCAGUUCAGGACAAUCUCUCUUCUGAACGUAGAGUGUAAGAUCUUUUUCUCUGUUCUGGCACGAAGAAUCACCACCUACAUGAUGCAGAACCACUAUAUCAACCCUUCCAUUCAAAAAGGUGGAAUCCCAGGCUUUUCGGGCUGUCUGGAACACACCUCGAUGAUUACCCAACUGAUCCAAGAGGCGAAACGAAAAAAAAAAGCGACCUAACAGUCGUCUGGCUAGACCUAGCCAAUGCGUAUGGGUCAAUUCCACAUGAUCUCAUCCAGGAAGGACUUGACCAUUAUUACAUCCCUGUGGCAAUCCGAGACUUAAUUACCAACUACCUUGCAGGGUUUCGACUCAGAUUUACAUCGGCACUCUUUACCACCAACUGGCUGGACCUCCAAAAGGGGAUUCCAACAGGGUGCACCAUCUCCCCCAUCUUGUUCAUUAUGGGCAUGAACAUACUACUAACUGCUGCGGAAGGCAUAACCCGGGGCCCUAAAUUGGAAUCCGGUGUUGUGCAGCCAGUACUGCGUGCAUUUACGGACGACAUCACAGUGACCACUGUGACGCACGUCCAAGCAAGAUGGGUGCUGGAUACAUUGGGCAGCGUUGCCUCCUGGGCAGGGAUGCUGUUCAAGGCCAGGAAGUCCAGGAGCAUGGUCAUCAAGAAGGGUAGAGUCACCGGCAAGUUUAGUCUCCAGGUCCAGGGUGAGGUCAUCCCACCAAUCGAGGGUAACCCGGUAAAAUGCCUGGGAAAGUGGUUUAAUGCGUCCCUAACGGAUGGUGCCAACGUAGCUGAGGCGGUGAAGCAGACUGUAGAGUGGCUGAAGAAGAUUGAGAAAUCUUUACUCCCGGGCAAGUUUAUGACCUGGCUGUACCAACACGGCCUCUAGCCUAGGCUCCUUUGGCUACUCACAGUCUACGAGUUUCCCAUGACCACCAUUGAGCUCAUUGAGAGGAGAGCCAACAAGCACCUGCGGAGGUGGCUGGGCAUUCCCCCAAGCUUCUCAUCAGUGGGCCUUUACAUCAGGUCUGGUCAACUGCAACUCCCCCUGUCGUCAGUAGUUGAGGAGUACAAGGUGGCGAAAUGCAGAGUUGUCCUAAGUCUGAGGGACUCCAACGAUGACCUCAUCAGUCAAGCUGGCAUGACAACCAGGUCUGGACGCAAGUGGGCUGCCAACGUAGCGGUGGAUCAGGCAGUCAGCUCCUUGAAGUUGCGGGACAUAGUGGGCAACCAGUGCAUCCACCGACAAGGCCUUGGCUCUGCACAAUUCCAAACCUGGGGAGGUUCCCAGGGGGCCUGGACAAAAUGGGACUUGCCCAGGCGCAAAGUCCCAUGGAGGGAGCUGUGGCGCCUGGAGCCCUAUCACAUCUCCUUCCUCUUACGGUAUGUUUACGACACCCUCCCCUCCCCAGUACAUCUGCACACAUGGAGUCUAAGAGAGGAUCCGCUUUGUAAGCUGUGCGGCAAGAGGGGGACCUUGGCCCAUAUACUGUCUGGGUGCAAAACAUCCUUAACCCAGGGGCGGUAUAGAUGGCGCCACGACAAAGUGCUCCUCUCACUGGCCGACACCAUAGAGCGGGAGAGGGUCAAGAAGAGACCAGCCAACACAACCGCACGGAGAGCCAUCACCUUCGUCAAGGAGGGAACUGGACCUUCACAGACCACCAAAAGGAAAAGAACCAGCAUUCUCCAGGCAGCGAGCUCCUGGGAGAUGAGGGUGGAUGUGGGGAGGAGGCUGCAGUUCCCUGAGGUGGUGCAAACUUCCCUCCUCCCGGACAUAGUGCUGUGGUCAUCCAAGGACCAGAAGAUAAUCCUGGUUGAAUUGACAGUACCAUGGGAGGAGGGGUGCGAGGAGGCCCAUGAAAGGAAGGCUGCAAAAUACCAACAGCUGGCCCAAGACUGCCGAGACAGAGGCUGGCAGGCAUGGGUCUUCCCCGUGGAGAUAGGGUGCAGGGGCUUUCCAGCAAGGUCUGCGUGGAGUUUCCUGUCUGCCAUAGGCAUGGAUGAGCACAGUAAGAAGCAGGCAGCUCGUCGGAUGGGGGAGGAGGCGGAACGUGCCUCAUGCUGGAUUUGGAGUAAGAGAGAGGAGGAAAGCUGGAAGCCAGGGGCAGAUGGGCAGUGAGCUGGCCACUCACUGUCGGCCCACCAACCUAGGGUGUUGUGGUUCAGGGCCGAAACACCCCGUGAUGGUUGGACACCACCUGACGACAUCUGCUCCUGGCUCAAGGCUACAGCUACCUGCUAAGGUAGCUGAGGAAGGCACCUCGUGUGUAUCCAUCAAAUGCAUACGUUUUGGUUUGUCGAGAA